CAAGAAAGUGGAGAUGGAGCCAUGCAGCGGGAGGCUGCGCUGAAGUUGCUGCGUGAUGCACCAGAGACGCGCUCAGAGCACUCUAGGCGCCGGUGCCGGGCGGGGCAGCUGGACACCGCGGCCUUUCUGCGGCGCGAGGCGGUGGCAGCUUUGUCCGGCCUGGCCUCCGCGGACAAGGAGGCAGCAGAAGCCUUAACCUUGGCGCUGCAGGACUCCCAGCUGGAGGUGCGGCAAGAGGCCGGGGAGGUGCUGACAGCGCUGGUGUCGCAUCCAAGCCAGGCUCUCGGCAUCAUGAGCGCUUGCCUGCAAGACACCCGGUGGUUUGUCAGGGAAGCAGCUGCAGAGGUGCUUGGUGCCAUGGCUGAGACGGAGGACUCAGCGCUGUUGGCGGCGGCCAUGUGGUUCGAUGACCCAAGGAGCUGGGUCAGGCGGCUGUCGGUGCAGAUCCUGGGCCGCUGCGCGGGCCGCGGCUCGCAGCUCGCGCUGGUGGCGGCGCAGGGGCACCUGGCAGACCCCAGGUCCUUCAUUCGCAAAGGCGCUGUGCAAGUCUUGGGAAGCGGCGCGCUGCUUGGCGACAGCGCGGCGCUGGCUGCUCUUCUGGCCUGCGCGGGUGACGGGUCCUUCAGCGUGAAGGAGGUGGUGCUGCCUUGGCUCCGGCGUGCGGUGCGCGCCGCGUCGGCGUGGCUGGCCAGCGCGGAGGAGGAGCAACGAGACCUUGGGCGCCGAAUGCUGGGUGCCAUGGCAGUGGCGCAGGACCAGCCAGCGACCUUCGCUGCGGUGAAGGGCCUCAGAGACCCCCAGGCACCCACGCGGGCUGCGGCGGCAGCGGCGCUAGGGGAAGCAGCCCUGGCGGGGAAUUCCGUGGCGCAGAUCGCGCUGAGUGUGUGCCUGGGGAUCGCGGACCAGGACCGCCCGGUGGCAGAGAAGAUCCCAAAGGUCCUGGCGGUUGUUGCUGCAGCGCCGCUGGAUGUGUCGGAGGCAGUGAACGCCUUCACCGAGGAGAGCUCGGCUGAAGGAGCUGAGGACCAGCCUGAGGCCACGCAAGCGCUGACCCAGGCAACGCAGGUGUGGGUCUGUGAGGAAGGCGUUGGCGGCGCAGCGCGUCGAGUUCUGGAAAUGGCUGUGGAGGACAGUGCGAAUUUGACUGACCUCGGCCCUCCCGGCAUUGACCCGCAAAGCCCACUGACGGACAAGGCGGAGGCGGUGCUGGGCGCGCAGAGGGGGUGCAGGAGCCAGACGGAUCCCGCCGUGAGCUUUUUGGUGGUGGACUCAGCCUCCUACGUUCGGGCAACGGCUGUGGAACUUCUGAAAGACAGGGCUGCAGCUGGGGACUCCUCAUCCAUUGAGGCGUUAUGCUUGGCGCUGGAGGACAACCUGGAGGUCCGCCAGGCCGCCAUCGAGACAUUGGGCGGCGUCGUCGCGCGCGGUUUCGGAGUGGGCGCUGUCUGCCGCCAGCUGGGCCACAGAGAGGCGGAGGUCCGGCAAGCUGCGGUGGAGGUUUUGUGCCGCGCAGACCCCGUGAAGGUCAUGAUGAUGUUGCCAGGGCCGCGGCACCCAAAUGCUCCAAGCCGAAGUGCCGUGGUGCAGGUUGUAGGCGCCAUGGCGUCCAAAGGCCACGCGGAGGCUUUCAGCCGUUUGCAGGAUGCGUUGCACGACGAGAAUGCCGCCGUAAGGCAAGAGGCCCUCAAAGCAUGGUGCUGGAUUGACCCUUACAAUAGGGCAAAUACUUCGGCGCGGCCUUUCACUCAAUCUUUGGAUUGACUUGUGCGGCCUGAGCCCAGCCGUUGGGUGCUCUGGUGAGCCAUCGUCUGGGAGCGGUACAGCGGCCGCCGCCAACUACAACCAAGAUGAGCUUCUGCAAUUGGAGGAUUUGCUACAGCCAGGAUGCCAACAAGCUUUCCAACAAGCCAUCGGUCACACGCAAGGCGACAUGACUAUCCGGCGUCGCUUGUUUGAUGUCCAAGGGUGUGCCUUCUGAACGUGAAGCGCGCAAUGUUUGUGUGGCUUUUUGAGUCAAACUUCACGGGUGUACCAUGGGGACGAGCGUAACAUAAGCCAAACCCUGGUUGAACUGGCCGGGGGAGGAUGUCCGCACAUUGUCACAUGAAAUGUCAAACUCUGGACUGCAAUGCGGACCGGCUUAAAAUUGCAGGGUGGGAUGUUGGGCAGUUCGCGCCCUUUGUUGCCUCAUGGAGGGCAAACAACUCCAGCGUCUCCAGUGCUUGCGAGCUUCUCGGACAGUUUGGGCUGCGUUGUUCCAUGAUCAGUGCGAAUCGCACGAUGUUGGCCUCCGCAGGCAUGCAAGCACGCGUGGAUCUACUUUCCAAUGCGCAACGGCUGCGCUAGAUCUUUUCACCCCAACUCCUCUUCACGCCGUGUCAGCUA